AUGGGUCGCAGAGGCCGGUGCGCCGCUCCCCGGGGAGAUCCGGCUCCCAUCCGGCCCCACCCGCCCUGCCUGGCCCUGCCCGCAGCUCCUGGGCUGCCUUGCCGAUUCCGGGUAAUCCGGGCCAGCAGGCUCCACCGGGCGGCGGAGCGGGCUGUGAGGCUCCUUCUUCCCUUUCUCAGUGACUGUGAGGCCCAAUACGAGGGAGAUGUGUUUGGGUAUGUGAGGAUCCUGAGAGAAGAGGUCUCCUGGGCAAGUGGCUAUUGGCAGUGUGGCGCCGCCUUGCGGCGAGUUCUGGUCACCGCCUCCAUCCGGCUUCAGCGCGGCCAGAGGAAACUCCCGAAGAGCAGCGCAGGCGUCGCCCAGAAGAGAGGCCUCGACCUAAGGCUGAAGAAGAGAUGGGAUUUAUAUGCUGGGAAGAACUUGCCGGCUAGACAGGAGAGUGCGGGCUUCGCCGGGGCCCCAAGGCGGCUAGGCCUUGCUGCCGGAGGACCCCCAGAGCUGACCAUAGCCUGCCGGCUGACUCAGCCGCCCCCACCCCAGUGGGAGAGGGUGGGAGCCGGGGCGAGCUCUAGCGGCAGGGGCCCCACGCCCGCUUGCCUCACGCUCUGGGACGGCGAGGACUUCCAGGGUCGCCACUGCCGGCUGCUGAACACCUGCGCCAACAUCAGCGAGCGCAGCGGCUUGCGCAGGGUGCGCUCAGUCAAGGUGGAAAGCGGCGCCUGGGUGGGCUUCGAGUACCCCGACUUCCAGGGACAGCAGUUCAUCAUGGAGAAGGGUGACUAUCCUCCGUGGAGCGCCUGGAGCGGCAGCAGCGGCCUCCACAGCGACCCGCUGCUGUCCUUCCAGCCGGUGCUCUGCGCGAACCAUAGUGACAGCCGUGUGACACUGUUUGAGGGGGAGAACUUCCAGGGCUGCAGGUUUGAACUCAGUGAUGACUACCCAUCUUUGUCUGCCAUGGGGUGGGCCAGCAAGGACGUGGGUUCCCUCAAAGUCAGUUCUGGAGCAUGGGGGUUACCAGUAUGUCUUGGCUACCGGGGAUACCAGUAUGUGUUGGAGUGAGAUUGGCAUAGUGGGGAGUUCCGGACCUACAGAAAAUUUGGUACUCAGGUCCACACCAGGCAGCUACAGUCCAUUCAGAGAGUCCAGCACUAG